GUAAAACUGUGUUCCAAAAAACGACCAACCCAACGCAAAACCGUUUUCUUAUCUUCUGAUCCUCUUUCAAUCUCCAUCGCCCUGAGAAGGAAAAAUCCUUCUCUCUCGGGCUGAAUUCCCAUUUUCCCUAGCCGGUUAAGCCAAGCAACAACGCUCUUCGCAUCCCAGGGAACCCUUUCUUGUCUCCCCAGCGUCUGCUUCUUCAAGGCUCAGUCACUAUUCUGAGCUGUUUGCUCGAGUCUUAUGUGUUCGUCAAUAAAUCUUUCAGCAGGUACCCCAUGUAGAUAGGAGUUGCUGCUGCCGGCAAGAAAUGGCUUGUGCUUCUGUCAUUUGCAAUCACGGGUUCUUGAAGCCGCCAGGAGUCCUGGGAGUUCAUGGAGAAAAGCCGCGGCCUUUGAUUCGGUAUAGUAGUUUCCGCUAUAGUUCUUUUAAGGCCCCUUUGCUAGGGUUCUGUGACUGUUGUUGCAAAUUUCAAUGUGGGCUUUCCUGUAAUUGGAAGUUGGGAUCUUCACUGAGCACAUAUAGUAGGCUCUCUUUGCUGAGAGUCAAUGGUGGCUGCAGAUUUCGACCGGGCUUGUGUUGUAGAAAUGAAAUUGGACAAUUAGAUAAUAGAAGCAGUGGAUUCGAAGACACUUACGUUGAGAAAAGAGGAAAGGGGAAUAGGAGGAAGUUCUCGUUGAGGCUGCGUCCGAGGUUGUGGUUGCUAUCUAUGAGAGCUAAGAGGGUCUCCAUUAGGUCAAUUUUGAAUGACAUUGGGACAUUCUUGCAAAGGAAUACGAGAAAAGUGACCAUUUCAACUUUGGUAUCUUUAGUGCUGGGGCUCUGCUAUGUGUUUCUCAAGGUAACGGCAGUGCCAUCUCCAAAAGUUGUUCCCUACUCGGACCUAGUUACAAGCCUUCAGUCUGCCGAGGUGACGAAAGUGUUAUUUGAGGAAGGAUCUCGGCUAGUGUAUUACAAUACUCAUUCUUCCGAUAUUGCUACCAAUGAUAACGUUGCAGUGGAAAAGAUGGCCGAGACAAGUGAACCAUCUGAAAAUGUGGCAGAAAGAACUGGGAAAAGUGGUGUUUCUAGAAUUGGGAAAUUAAUCAGUUUGGGUUUUCUGGGAAAGAGAUCAUCGCAGCCAAAAGCUAAAAAGCCAGCGUGGCAGUACUGCACUCGUAAGAUAGUUCACGAUGAAAAAUAUCUUCUUACCCUGAUGAGAGAUAAAGGAAUUACCUACAGCUCUGCCCCUCAAUCGAUUAUCAUGUCUAUUAGGGGUACUUUGAUCACGAUAAUAUCAUUGUGGAUUCCUCUGACUCCUAUGAUGUGGCUUCUUUAUCGUCAAUUUUCCGCCGCAAACAGCCCAGCAAGAAAGCGCCAGGCUAAUAAUCAAAUAAUUAGCUUUGAUGAUGUGGAGGGUGUUGAUUCUGCUAAGGUGGAGCUUAUGGAGAUAGUUCUGUGCCUUCAAGGAGGUAUUAACUACAAAAGGAUUGGGGCAAAGCUACCGACGGGUGUGUUGCUGGUGGGUCCACCGGGGACUGGGAAGACACUUCUGGCCCGUGCCGUGGCUGGUGAAGCGGGAGUGCCAUUUUUCUCUGCUUCUGCAAGUGAAUUUGUGGAGUUGUUUGUCGGAAGGGGUGCUGCUCGAAUAAGGGACCUAUUCAAUGCAGCAAGAAAAUGUGCACCAUCGAUCAUUUUUAUUGAUGAACUUGAUGCUGUGGGGGGGAGGCGGGGCAGAAGUUUCAAUGACGAACGUGAUCAGACCUUGAAUCAGUUGCUUACUGAAAUGGAUGGAUUCCAGUCGGACACAAAAGUGAUUGUUCUGGCAGCGACUAACAGACCAGAAGCUCUGGACCCUGCCCUCUGUAGGCCUGGUCGAUUCUCGAGGAAGGUUCUAGUAGGAGAGCCAGAUGAAGAAGGGAGAAAAAAGAUAUUGGGCGUGCAUUUGAGAGGAGUCCCUCUAGAGGAAGACCGACAGCUUAUCUGCGACUUAGUUGCUUCUCUAACCCCUGGUCUUGUAGGCGCUGAUCUUGCUAACAUUGUGAAUGAAUCCGCUCUGCUUGCUGCCCGUAGAGGCGGUGAGACAGUGACCCGGGAAGAUAUAAUGGAAGCAGUUGAGAGAGCGAAGUUCGGCAUCAAUGAUAAGCAGCUAAGGCCCAGCACAAUCAGCAGGGAGCUUGGGAAGUUGUUCCCGUGGGUACCAUCUUUAAUGGGAAGGAGUGACACGAAGCAGGAUGGACUGGAAGGACCCAUGGGUUAUCAGACUCUGAGCUGAUAAGUAAGUUUGCGUUGAUCGAAUUUAUAUUUUUGGACUUGUCUCUCUGUUGGUGCCAAUUGCUGCCGGGAGAUGAACCAAGAGACAGAAUUAUCCUCCUCUCUUACUUGACUGGAAGGAUUGAUCGGCAUGCUUUGAAUUUGUUUGAGUGUGCGAGAUCCCACCUUUGUGUCAUGUAAUACGCUUCUUAUUUCUUCUAUUGACAGGGGAAGUAUUGCUGAUCCAUGCAGUGAGGGGGGGAAAAGUCCAAUGAACUAAUUGGAUCUGUCAUUUGUUAGUCAAUUUUUGUGGCCGGGAUCCUACGCCUUAUUAUUGUCAUAUGAUCAUAAUCUCCAGAGAGCCUUCUUGUUUACAUUUUUUGCAUUGCUUCAUGGCAGUUACUUGAGUAAGAUCGAUGCGCUCUUCUGAUUCCAGCACCACAGCUGUAGAAGAGGGCGAAGAAUUUUGAUGUUCGAGUUCUGUACAACAUUUGAUGUUCGGGAAGUUGUGUGAGUAUUUUCCUUUCCUGUGAUACAUGAAUACAAUUUUUUUCUUUUCUCAAUGCUGCUUGCGAUCUGCUUAUGCAGCAUGGGGUAUAUUACACAUUACACAUGAAUUCUAUUCAUUACAAGCACAUUUUAUUUUUUUA